UACCAGGCUCAGCAGACAAAUGUCUUGCUCUUUUUAAUGGGCGGUAAGUUGCCGGGUGCCUAGAUAUUGAAAUAAAAACUAAAAAGGGACUUCAGAAUGGAACCGUAUGAUUUGUAAUAGGAGGAAGUCGAACAUACGCUGCUGUGGAGACAUUUUAAUAGACGCUUAGAGAGCAGACAGCAGAAUUCUCAUCAUAUCGACGCGUCUCGUUUCGCCGGCAUCUUUCACUCGCUAACGUUGAAAAUAGCUAGCUGAGCUGAAGGACUCAAGUGGAAUUUGUGCUUGUGUGUGAGCUUCACGGUUGUGUUAGUGGUGAAAAGUGUGCGUUGUACGCCAAGUGAAAGCCGUCGACUUUAAUAGAGGCACGUGGUGACGUAGUAGUCAGGACUCGCGAUAUAAAGGCGAUUCAGCCUUAGGUUAGUACAGGGUCAAGCUGUUCGGGAGAGGCGGACACAUGAUGCACCAGCAAGGCUCGUUGAUGCCCUCUUUGCUCAGUGGUGUAUUCUGCCAGUGUCGGUCGACAGACACACAUCCAGGGGCCGACCCUGGUGGUGGAGGCAGGGUUCCCCCCUCCGUCCCUCCCUCGGAUGCAUCACCAUCUAAACCAGUAACCCAACAGUCAGCCUCCGGCGUGUGGCACACCGACGAAGGAGAGCAUCCAUGUGACAUAUGUGGGGGUUCGGAGCAGGAGCACAGACUCAAAGUGCUCUUCCAGGUCCUGGAUGUGAACGGGGAUGGAGGCAUCUGUGUGAACGACUUGACAAUUGGGCUGAAGAAGUUAGGAGUACAUCGCACUGAACAUGAGCUCAUGAAAAUAGUGAAAGCCGGAGACAAAGACCUGGAUGGACAGUUGGACUUUGAAGAAUUUGUCCAUUAUCUCAGAGACCAUGAGAAGAAACUCCGACUGGUCUUCAAGAGUUUGGACAGGAAGAAUGAUGGUCGAAUUGACUCACAAGAAAUCAUGCAGUCUCUGCGUGACCUGGGAGUGAACAUCUCUGAGGAACAGGCAGAGAAGAUUCUUAGAAGAAUAAGGAGGGGUCAUAUCUGGGCCCCUAUUAUGUAUAUGGAUAAAAAUGGAACAAUGACCAUUGACUGGAAUGAGUGGCGGGACUACCACCUCCUGCAUCCAGCUGACAACAUCCCUGAGAUUAUUCUUUAUUGGAAACACUCCUCGAUCUUUGAUGUAGGGGAGAGUCUGAUGGUUCCUGAUGAGUUCACAGCAGAGGAGAAGAAAAUGGGUAUGCUAUGGCGACACCUAGUGGCUGGAGGAGGGGCUGGUGCAGUGUCUCGAACUUGCACAGCACCACUGGACCGUCUGAAAGUUCUCAUGCAGGUUCACUCCUCCAAGAGCAACAGUAUGCGCAUCGCUGGUGGCUUUUCUCAGAUGAUCCGAGAGGGUGGUGUAAGGUCUCUGUGGCGAGGCAACGGGAUCAACGUCCUCAAAAUUGCCCCUGAGUCUGCAAUAAAGUUUGUGGCUUAUGAACAGAUUAAGCGACUGAUGGGAAGUAACCAGGAGACGUUGGGCAUCACAGAGAGACUGUUGGCCGGCUCUCUGGCUGGAGCGAUCGCUCAGAGCAGCAUAUACCCCAUGGAGGUCCUGAAGACACGGUUAGCCCUGAGGAAGACGGGUCAAUACUCGGGCCUCCAAGAUUGUGCUAAACAUAUCUUCCAGAGGGAAGGCGUGGCAGCUUUCUACAAGGGCUACAUCCCAAACAUGCUGGGCAUCAUUCCCUAUGCUGGCAUCGACCUGGCUGUCUAUGAGACUCUGAAGAAUUCGUGGUUGCAGAACUACGCUACAGAUAGUGCUGAUCCAGGAGUGUUUGUGCUACUCGCUUGUGGCACUACUUCCAGCACAUGUGGACAGUUGGCCAGCUACCCACUCGCUCUGGUCAGGACUCGAAUGCAGGCACAAGCUUCUCUGGGAGGAGGUCCUCAGAUGAACAUGACAGGACUGUUCAGACACAUUAUUAGGACUGAGGGAGCAAUAGGACUCUACCGAGGCCUGGCACCCAACUUCAUGAAGGUCAUCCCAUCUGUCAGCAUCAGCUACGUGGUCUACGAGUACCUGAAGAUCACGCUGGGAGUCCAGUCAAAGUGACCAGGCAGGCAGACAGAAGAAAAUAAGUGGCCAAAGGUUUUUUGUUUGUUUGUUUGUGGUCUGAAAUGACCAGCUACAGUUCAACAUAUUUUAGUGCAGAAAAUGAAGGACAAAGCUGAGAUGUGUGAUUUGAAGAGAGAAAAAACUUGACUGAAGUCAUGUCUGUUAGUUGUUCUCUUAAGCUUUCUUUUAGCAGCUCGGUGGUGUUUCAGCACCUGUGAGUCUCAGUUUAACAAGUGUUCACAUGACUCUGAAUUACUGCUAGAACUGGAACAUGUCCCUGCUGCUGAGUACUGUGAAAGGAACAGUCCUGCGUCUCUGUGGAAAGGAAGAAUCUUGAUCCUGGUGGGCUUUGCUCAGUCAUGACACUAUAUCAUCAUAUUGCUGUCAGCAUAUGAUAUCAUACACUAUCAGCUUUGUCUGUGAAGCUGUAACUGGAUUUAAAACGGUAGAUAAAUGGUCGAUUUGGCUGCAUUAAAACGGAGAUGAUACAAACAAGAGAAACUGGUUCACUUUAAGCUAAAAUCAGUAUAUAAUGAAAUAAAGGAUUAACGUGAUCCAAAGUGAUUAGGGCCAUUCUAGCAAAUACUAAUUACAGAACCAAGGGAAGUGUUCACUAUCUCUGAGAUUAAAGUAAUAAGUAUUAAAAUAGGCUUAAAAUAGUUAUUAUCGAUGUCCUAUGAAAAGUUAUUGCUGCAAAUCGAGGAAACCAACUCAGACAGUGAAACCAGCCGCUGCGACUUGAGCCGUUGGUUAGUGAAGUCUCAUUCUGAUCCCUGAGCUGAGAGAAUUUUUUUUCCAUUGGCAUCUUGGUGUUUUGAAACUUAGAACAAUCGUUAUUUACAAGGUAAGGUAAACUUCAUGUUGCGUUCGAUAUGACCUGAAGCCCAUAAAGGAAAGUGUUCACUGGGGUCACAUAAAAAGGGUGCUGAAGGCCGUUUUCCCAAAGACCUGUAAAUAACCACAAGUCUUUGCAGCCAGAAGAAUGAAGGAAAAGGCAUUAAAAAGAAAGCAGGUUUAAGGCACUUUAGCACUGACUUCACUUUUCAGACCAAGAAGCUGUGUCCAUAUGUCACCCCCACAGUAUCUUUUGUAUGAUUGAUGUGGUUUCUUGACAACAAAGAGGGAAAAAACAGACCAUAAUUUGGUCUGAUCAUUUUUGAUGUGUGUAAAUUUUUUUCUUUCUUUCUUUACCACUACAAUCAUUGAGAAUAUCCAAGUUUUUUUUUUUGCAUACUUGUCAGUCCAGGUUUUUUCCAUUUAAAAUCAUUAUCCACUGUCAUUUACGUCUGCUUUUUGUUUUUUAAACGUAGAAUGGCCCUAAUAAGGACUCUCAUAUAAGUUUGCAGAGGAAUUUCACAGAAAAAUGGAAAAAAAAGGCAAUGAAACAAUAACAGAACGAUCAUCUAGGGACUUGUCGACACGCUGGAUAAAGAGCUCUGUUACAUUCAGUCUAUGGUCAUAAACAGUGAGAUGGAAUCGUUUGUUUUUUGUAUUCAGUUUUGUUUUAAUUUCGGCAGAUACAACAUGAUCUGACCAUAACAGACGUAUUGUGCAGAAUUCUGUUCUGAGAGAAAGAAGGUCACCACAGCAAACAAAACAGUUCUACAGGGAGAGUCACUGACCCAAGAAAUUAGCAUUGUUGAGCCACAAAGUAGUAAUGCCCAUGCAGUGAAAAGGUUUGCACUCAUAAUGCAAAUCCAAAACAACAGACACCUCUGCAUUAGUUUUUCAAAUUGAAAAAUGCUUAAAGCAAAAACUUUAUUGACUUCCUCUCAGCUGAAGUUGAAACUGAAUGUUGUGUUAUCACACUGAUCUUAUUUUGCUAACAUGUCCCAGAGCGCUGUUUGGUUUCUCAAAAGCUUCACCUCUCAAAACUGUAAUGGAAAUUGAUAAUUAUAAAUGAAAGCCAUGUUUCCAUUUUUAUAUAAACACUCCAUAAAAUAAGUGGUACGGCGCCCAGGCGGCACUCUCCACCUGACUGAUGUCUGUAUUAUAUGAUCAUCUCAAGAGUGCCUUGUGUUACACGCAUAAAUCCACCUGAACACUAUAGGAUAGCAUUCCUUUUUUACUUUAAAUGUAUUUACUACUGUAUUCAUUUAUUUAUUUUUACAGAGAAGUCAAGAUGAUUGACUGAAACAGUGUGAAAAUGUUAUUUAGUGCUUUUGCUGUUUUCACAGUACUCGUGAUAAUGGUGGCAGAAUUUUUCUUUUUGGCUUUAACAGACCUUCAGUUAUACAGAAGCCCAAAAUGUUUCAAAUGUAAACAGUGAAUCAAAUUGGAUAAAUGCUAAAUUGUUUAAAAUAUAUAUGUUAUAAUUCUGUAUAUUCAGUUUUCUAUAAGUACAUGCCAUUUUUGCUUCGUAUUAUUCUUUUAUUUUGUCAAUUAAGUCAGUGACAUCAAUCCUGUCAACAUACAGAAAAACAGCAAUGAAAACGUUUCUCUCUCCUUGGCAAUAAUGAGUAAAGCUGAGAAAGUGACUGAAUUAACCCACUGAGAUUAGCUCCUGCUGUACUGGUUCUUAAUGUAAGUGUUAAAGAUAUUGCGUGAGGUUUGAAAGAGAACAAGUUCAAAUCUCUGUACAGAUGAUAGGUUGUAAAAUAACACAAGCACCUACCUAACUAUAGGCUAUACUGGUAAUUUAGAGGGUUGCAUCCCUGGCUAUGUAGCUAAAUAAGUAUGAAGAUGAUACUGAGUCUAUAUUUAUUUAUAGCAGCAUCUACAUAGACGUGCUAAAGGGCGCUAAUUGCACUUGCUAACUAAUGGAUAGGCAAAAGGGCAAGGAGCAAAAAAAAAAAGUCAAAGAACGUACAAAUUCCACUAUUAUAUAAAAUGUUUGAAGCAAACAGGGAAGAAUGCUAAAUAAAAACGUUUUAACAUGUUUAACAAUUUAGUUUUUAAACCUGUUUGUUAUAAGUCUUAAAAUGUAUGUAAUGUUGAAUAUGUUGGGCCUGACAACAUAGAAUUCAUAUCUGUGUGUAUCAUUGUUAGGAUGAUAAAACACUACUAACCCUACAAAAACAUGACUUCAGCUUGGAAGCGAGAGAGAUGCAGUGUGGACAGGUGUUCAUCGUACUGAUUCAAGUGUGUGUGUGUGCAUAGUACUAGAAUAAACAUGAAGAAGCCAGUUGCCCUGAUGUAUAAAGCAAUGUGCUAAACAAUUUGUGUGUUUCUCUGGUAGAGCUGUAGUCCCACACACUGGACUGUCUGGUUGUGAUCUUCAGAAUGUGGGCUGCUCUCGAGAGCUGAUUUACUCCAGCAACAUGUCUGCUUAAGUCAUCACUU